GGGGCCGGGGCGGCGGCGCGGGCUCCCGGGAAGUGGGGCCUCGCCAAGCCCCGACGCCUUGGGCGCAGGCCCUCCCUCCCUCCUCCCCGCGCCCGGCGGGACCCUGCGCCUGUGUCGGGAGAGGCCGGCGUCCGGCAGAUGCACGCGGGGCGGGGGCCGGGGGAGAGGCGGGGAGAGAGAACCCACAACAAAACUUGGCGUCGCCGCGCGCACGGCGCGACUUGAAUGACAGCAGCCCGCGCCCGCGGAGCGCAGCCGACCCCCGGGAGCCUGUUCCGCCCACGGCGCGGCGCUCAGCAGCAGGUGGGGCCAGAGGUAUCAGAACUCCUGGAGCUGGGUUACAGGUGGUUGUCAGCCAUCCCAGUGAGUGCUGGGCUCAGGUCUUCUGCAAGUGGAGUACUGCUCUUAACAAACAGAUAAGCCUGUGGAUUUUUAUGGAGACAAGCCAAAGGUGAGGGAAGAAAGCCAGCCUGUCCAGCACCAUGGCCAGCAGCAGGGGCCUGCCGCCGCUGCUGCUGUUGCUGCUACAGCUGCUCCUGGGCCCUGUGCUGGCUGUGAGGACACCUGGGUUUGGCCAAAGCGGCACCCACAGCCUGAGCCCUGAGGAGAAUGAAUUUGUGGAGGAGGAGCAGCCUGUGCUAGUCCUGAGCCCCGAGGAGCCAGAGCCCGGCCCAGCCACCAUCGACUGUCCCCGAGAUUGUGCCUGCUCCCAGGAAGGUGUUGUGGACUGCGGUGGCAUUGACCUGCGUGAGUUCCCAGGCGACCUGCCCGAGCACACCAACCAUCUGUCCCUGCAGAACAACCAGCUGGAGAAGAUCUACCCCGAGGAGCUGGCUCGGCUGCAGCGGCUGGAGACGCUCAACCUUCAGAACAACCGUCUAACUUCCCGAGGGCUCCCAGAGGAGGCGUUUGAGCAUCUGACUAGCCUCAAUUACCUGUACCUGGCUAACAACAAGCUAACAUUGGCCCCCCGAUUCCUGCCAAACGCCCUGAUCAGUGUGGACUUUGCUGCCAAUUAUCUCACUAAGAUCUAUGGACUCACCUUUGGCCAAAAGCCAAAUCUGAGGUCUGUGUACCUGCACAACAACAAGCUAGCAGAUGCCGGGCUGCCGGACAACAUGUUCAACGGCUCCAGCAACGUCGAGAUCCUCAUCCUGUCCAGCAACUUCCUGCGCCACGUGCCCAAACACCUGCCACCUGCCCUGUACAAGUUGCAUCUCAAGAACAACAAGCUGGAGAAGAUCCCCCCUGGGGCCUUCAGUGAGCUGAGCAACCUACGUGAGCUGUACUUGCAAAACAACUACCUGACCGACGAAGGCCUGGACAAUGAGACCUUCUGGAAGCUCUCCAGCCUGGAGUACCUGGACCUGUCCAGCAACAACCUGUCACGGGUCCCCGCUGGCCUUCCCCGCAGCCUGGUCCUGCUGCACCUGGAGAAGAACGUCAUCCAGAGCGUAGACGCUGAUGUGCUGACACCCAUCCGCAGCCUCGAGUAUCUGCUGCUGCACAGCAACCAGCUGCGGGCUGAGGGCAUCCACCCGCUGGCAUUCCAGGGCCUCAAGCGGCUGCACACAGUGCACCUCUACAACAAUGCUCUGGAGCGUGUGCCCAGCGGCCUGCCCCGCCGAGUUCGCACCCUCAUGAUCCUGCACAACCAGAUCACAGGCAUCGGCCGUGAGGACUUCGCCACCACCUACUUCCUGGAAGAACUCAAUCUCAGCUAUAACCGCAUCACCAGCCCACAGAUGCACCGGGAUGCCUUCCGCAAGCUGCGCCUCCUGCGCUCCCUUGACCUGUCUGGCAAUCGCCUGCAAACCCUGCCUCCGGGCCUGCCUCGAAAUGUACAUGUGCUGAAGGUCAAGCGCAAUGAGUUGGCUGCCCUGGCACGUGGGGCACUAGCUGGCAUGGCCCAGCUACGGGAACUCUACCUCACAGGAAACCGACUGCGUAGCCGGGCCCUGGGACCCCGUGCCUGGGUCGACCUUGCUGGUCUUCAGCUGCUGGACAUUGCUGGGAACCAGCUCACAGAGAUCCCCCAGGGACUCCCCCCGUCGCUUGAGUACCUGUACCUGCAGAAUAACAAGAUCAGCUCUGUUCCUGCCGCCUCUUUUGACUCUACUCCCAACCUCAAGGGGAUCUUUCUCAGAUUCAACAAGCUGGCCGUGGGCUCCGUGGUGGAAAGCGCCUUCCGGAGGCUGAAACACCUGCAGGUCUUGGACAUUGAAGGCAACUUUGAGUUUGGUGGCACUUCCAAGGACCGGGGCCACACAGACGAGGAAGAAGAAGAGGAGGAGGAUGAGGAUGAAGAAGACGAAACAGGAUCAUAACAAAGUGAUGCAGAUCUGACCCAGGUGGGAGGACGAUGGACCACCGGACUCCUUUCUGCAGCCCAGGCUUGUGCCCUAUGAGCGCCCCCUUCUGACACACCCAGCGCUGAGCCCAAGGGGCAUCCGAAUGCCAGAGGCUGAACACAGUCUCCUGUCCCACCCCUUCCUGUAAUGUGUUACACAAGCAGGCACGUGUGGACACCAUCCCCCAGCCUGGCCACACAGACAGCCAGCUGCACAUGACCCUCCAAGCUGUCUGUCUGCACAGUCUCACACCAACACAUACACACACACACACACACACACAAAAUACAUACACUCUGACCUCUGAACCCACACUGGCCUGGUAUACUCAGGCAGCUACUCUCUCCCCACUUCACACACACACAACAGUAACCUAUGCCAUCAAAAGCUCUUGCUUCUGGCCAGCUCUGGCCAUAGCGGUUGGCCAUGUGCCUUGUCCACUGUUCUCUCUCCCUUGGGGACUCGGGGUUGUCUCCUUCCUCCGUGGCCAGGUGCUUUCUACCCUCUGAGACUCACAAAAGCUGACUUUUGUCUUUUGCCUUCCCUCUGGGGAUGCGAACCUUCUAACUUCUACCAGGGCCUUGCCCCUUGCCCAGGUGCUGAGGCAGCGCCACCCCAGGAGCUCCUUUGUGUGGUGCUCUGGCAGGUCACAGGCACUUUCUGAGGACAACCCCAAGAGGGAGGGGGGAGGGGAGGAGGCAGCUGUGCGUGGCAGAGGGCGGGGAUGGCUGCACGGUCUUCAGUUCUGAGGGAAGUUCUGGGGUACCUUUGGUUUUGUUU